GAAAUUACAGUAAUUUUCACAGAAAUGCUCUUAUUACACUGUAUGUAACAAACACAUGUGAAAUAUGGUAAUAUGAAGCCAAGCUGUUGAGACGGAAGGAUGUUUAUUUUAAUUAUUUUGUUUUGGAUAUUUGUUCCGGAAGUGCAAGGAGGUUACUACUUCGUCAUAGCUCCAAACGUGAUAAGAUUUGAACAAGAUGAGACAGUUGUUGUCAGUGUGUUUGGAGAAACAUAUGCAUAUGUCAAGCUUUGGAUAGAGCACGAGGGCAAACAAUUUUCCAUGAAAAAUGUCGUAGUUAAAGACCAAGAAACUCCAAUUUAUACGACCAUAAAAGUCCAAGAAGCGGAUAUAUUUGACAGUGUGGUUGACAAAAAGCCACGCGUAGUCAAAUUGUGUUCGGAAUGGAAAGGAACGAAGCGAUCAAGGGAAAUAAUUCUGAGCUAUCAUUCAGGUUACCUGAUCGUACAGACGGACAAACCUAUCUAUACACCCAAGCAAAAUGUUAAAAUAAGAGCUCUAGCACUUGACGAGUCAUUGAAAGCUAAUGAUGGUUGGCAAGUAGGCAUGGAUAUUAUUAGUCCUUCAAUCUUAACCAUGGGAAGAAGGUUGAUAAAUAAUAGUGUUACCGGAUUCUUUCAAAAUGAAUUCACCCUUCCGCCUUACCCUGAGAUGGGAAUUUGGACAGCAAGAGCAUUUUAUGAUGGACAGUUCGAGACCGAGUCACACACCCACUUUGAAGUUCGGGAAAAUGUUCUUCCGACGUUUGGAGUGACUGUUGACGUUGACGUUGAGCUCCUCCUACCAACAACGAAGUCGAUAACCGUCACUGUUAAAGCCAAAUAUGUUUACGGCAAACCUGUCCACGGAAAUGCAAGACUUACGUUGAAAUUGAAAGGGGAGAAUAAAGAAAGUGACUUUAUCCUAAAUGUCGACAGAAUAACGCUUGAAAACAACUACCAGUUUGAAGGAAGUGUGACAGAGUUCAAUAUUAAAGUUGAUAACAUACUGAACUCCCCGUUGCUACGAGGCAAACCUUUUCCCUUCAACAAACGCCUAGAAGUGAUUGCAAUGGUUUAUGAAAGUGCUACGGGAAAGGAGGAGGCGCGAAGUCACGACGGAACCAUCUUCACAAGGAAUCCAUACGUGUUCAAGUUUACCAAAUCAAAACUGAACUUCUGGCCAUAUUACGAAUAUUAUUUGAAGGUUGAAGUGCAAUAUGUGAACGGAAAACCUACUUCUGGCAAAGACCUUAUAGUUAGAAUGAGCGAAAAUGGACAAUUUGAAAAAGAGCAAAAAGUGACAACAAACGACGACGGCCUGGCAACGAGUAUCUUUCAGACAUCUCAGGGCAUAAAUAAAAUUUCAUUCACUGUAGCCACAUCUGACAAUCAAUAUGAAAGCGACGUAUUUGAGGUGGCUGCAUACGCUGGAAAAAAUCUAAUCCAAGUUGAGCCUGUGAAGACAGAGAGGAACAUUAUGUUGAUGCGGGCUUUUACAAACAUACAAUGGAAUUAUUACGGAUAUUCUUCCACAGGAAUGCUUUUUAUGGUUAUUCUACGUGGUAAAAUAGUUUAUACAAAAUAUAAAGAUGCAGGAAAACAAGCUAGUGUAGAGAUAACGAAGGAUCUACAAGAAUUAGUCUCACCUGAUGCCAGACUUCUUGUCUUCUAUGUUGAUAAAACUACAAACAAGAUUGUGGCUGAUUCUUUUAAGUUUGAGGUUGAAAAGAGAUGCCGCGGUAAAGGUCUGAGGUUACAGACGAUGAAGAGGGAGGUAAGGCCGGCAACCAAAGAUAUGUUGACUGUUACCGGAACCCCUUUUAUGCACGUGGGUCUAAAUAUAAUAGAUAAGGCACUCCUAUUACAGAACGAUAAGAAUGUUUUAAGGAAAAACAAGAUGUUUGAGAUUCUCCAGUCACAUGACCUUGGCUGCGGAGAAGGUGGAGGGAGAUCAGGAGCUGAUGUGUUCAAGAAAACCGGACUUACAGUGGUAACUAACUCUUUAUUGGAUGAAAAUGAUAUAGUACGGACCACAGCCGGCUGCGAAAGAAGUACAAGGAAACGUCGUGAUGCCUACGGACAAUUAGAUGAGAAAAAUGAAUACCGGGAGGAUAUUGCAAGAUUAGAUAAUCAUCGUAUGCACAUUUACACUAGAUCAUAUUACCGAGAAUCCUGGAUGUUUGAUGUCUUCAGUCUAGAUAAAUAUGGUCGGAUGCGAAUCGAGCUCAUUGUCCCCGACUCUAUUACAGAAUGGAGAAUACAGGCUAUUGGUAUUACGGAAAACGACGGUAUGUGUAUUGCUGACGAAGUCGAAUUAAAGUCUUUCAGAGAUUUUUUCGUUCAACUGGAUCUUCCGUUCAAAGCGACUCGUUUUGAACAAUUCAAUGUAAAAGCAACGAUAUUUAAUUACGACGUGCCGGUUGGUGAUAAUAAAGUGGCAAAUGUUUACCUGCACGGAGUUCCACAUUUGUGUUCUAACGGCGACCCAGGGAAACCAUCAACUCCAAUCAAAAUUGAGCUUAAACCAAAUAGCGCAAAAACAGUAACUUUUCCAAUCAUACCUCUAAGGAACGGCUUGUAUCCGGUGAAAAUUUCCGCCAUUACUACGGAUAUAGGAAUUCCCUCUGUGGAUGUUGUUGAAAAGAAACUUUAUGUUGUAAAUGAGGGCAUAGAAGAAAAAGUGACAAUUGUUGUGUGUUUGAAUCCAAUGAGACAGAAAGACGAUUGUAAGAACGAUAGGCGUGUACUUUAUGACUAUCAAGCAAGUAAGGACUUACGACUGUAUGAAAUAGAUCUAACGCUUCCGAGUAAUAGUAUUUCACAAACAGGAGCGGCUACGGCAUAUAUCCAAAGCAGUGUGAUGUCAAAUGUUGUCGAUACGAUAAUUAAAGGCGUCGAUUCUUUGUUUCAACACCAUAUUGGUUUCGGAGAACAGACAAUUAUACGGCUAGCUACAAAUGUUUACGCCCUGACAUAUUUGAAGGAAACAAAACAAAUGACAGCUGAUAUAGAAAGAAUUGGAUAUCAACGGAUAAGAGAUGGUGUAAAAAGACAGGUUUCGCAAUACAGACGUGCUGACGGGUCAUAUGUGUUUAAAGGAAUCAGACAACCUAGCACUUGGCUCACGGCAUUUGUUGCGAAAGUGUUUUGUCAAGCUGACAAGGUUGUAGAUGAUGCUGUGGAUAUAGAGAAAGAUUUAAAGCCUAGUAUUGAUUGGCUGAAUAAACAUGUGAAUGCUGAUGGAUCAGUGACUGAUAAUAUGCCUGAAAAACCAAGAGAAAUGAUGGGACAAAUAGGCGAUGGAGAAUCGUCCUUAACAGCCUUUGUACUGAUCACGUUGCAUGAAUGUGACACUGCUUCUGGUAUUAUAAGUACAAUCGUCGACAGGUCAGUACAAUACCUUGAGGGUCUAUCGGAACGCAAAUUAAAGAACAAUCCUUUUCUUUUGGCCAUAACCACUUAUGCUUUAUUAUUGUCUGACAGUACAAAGACAAAUACAUUUGUGAAAUACUUAAAAGACAUAAAGAAAAUUAAUAGUGAAGGUACAUUCUGGGGAAACUCGGGAGGUAAACCGGCAAACGCCCAUUCUGUAGAAACAACUUCAUACGCCCUUCUUGCAAUGUUGCAUUCCGGGGAUAUGGAAACAAGUUCGUCGGUUGUAAGUUGGCUGACCUCUCAAAGAGAUGGCACAGGUUCAUUCAGAGCAACACAGGAUACAGUGGUAGGCUUGCAAGCCUUGUCUAAAUACAAAAUAGCUACCUUUUCGCCUGUAAUUGACCUCAGAAUAACCUUAUUAGCAGACAAUUGGGUUGGAAGAGAGGUAUACAUAGACAAAAAACAAGGCGUUGUUCAAUUCAUUGUCCCAAAUAUACCUGUUGAAACUGGAAACAACACUCUUUCGGUUGUAGUCAAGGGUAGCGGAAGUGCAGUAAUGUCAAUUGAUCUCCGUUAUAACAGGCCAGCCACUGAAGAAGAAUUGUGUCCCUUUACCAUCACUGAUAUUGAUGUUCAAGACGUCGAAGAUAUACCGAUUGAUAUCAAUUUGGCAAAAGAAAGAAACUGUGACGUAUGUGGCAAUUGUGAUUCGGGUGAUUACGCCUAUUAUGAUGACGUUAAUAGCGAUUAUUUUGGAGACCAGCCAGAUAUAGAUCCCAGGGAGAAAAGUACUUUUGGAAGGAAGAAAAGAUAUGUUUACCGUCGCUUCCGAGCAACUGUUAAACUACAGUGCAUUCGUUUCAGUGUGAGUGCUAAGAGUGAUAAAACAUAUGGCAUGUCUAUUGUGAAGUUUGGACUAGAGACUGGUGUUGAAGUGGUCAAGUCUGAUUUAGAUAAGCUCGUUGCUGAUAAAGCAAACAUAGCAUAUUACGAAAUGCCAUCAGAUGGCAAGGGUUUUAUUCUGUUCUACUUACACGAGAUUUCUUCUAGCGAGACAAGAUUCAUAUUCCGAUUGAAGGAUAACUUUGAUGUAGAAAUUAGUUCCAGACAGCCAUCUUCAGUUUAUGUAUACGACUACUAUAAUCCAGAAAAGCAUUGUACUAAGCUUUAUGGUACAGGUCCAGAUAGAGGCAAUAGUUUCUCAUAUCAAUGUGACAGAAACAAGAAGGAAUGUGCAUGCGUACAGAAUAUAUGUGCUCAACCAGUGGAAAAAGAAAUUGAACUGUUAGACAAGAGACGGCGGAAACCUGCUCUAAAGUUGUACAAAUACGCAUGUAAUACGGAUAAGGCAAACUAUGCUGUAGUUGUAAGGAUAAACGAAGUAGACUUUGAUGUUGCAACACAAGACAAAAUUGCAAGAGGCACAGUGAUGACCAGUUUGAACCAAGGAAUAGAGGAUCUACAAAAAGGAGACACUUUGACAUUCUUCUGGAAAUCAUAUUGUCAUUUCCCAGAUUUAGAGGAAGGAAAAGCUUACAUGAUUAUUGGAAAAGAUGGUCACAAAUUCUAUGAUGGUGAAAAUGAAAGGUUCCGGUAUCCAUUAAUGGGAACGACAUUAUUAAUGGAGUACAUAAGCCCUCGGCAGUCUAGGGAUUCUAUAAAGAAAAAUACACUUUACACGGCCCAGACCAAUUUCAAACGCCUGAUAUCACGUGGUUGCAGACACUAGAACUAUAGCACUGGAAAAAAUAUCGACCUGUGUUAUGAACUGAAUUCUUUAUGAUCUGUUUUGCUUUUAGACGAGUAAGAACAUUUAUUGAUGCAUGAAACAAUUCUUCUGUAAUUAAAGCAAAUAUACUUGUAUAUAUAUAACAGCCACCGGAAAAUCUUUGCACCACCGGGAUAGUGGCAAACUUCACUACCAUUUAUACUUGCCCUAAACACUAAAAAAUCAUUUCAUCCAAUAGAUAUAAUGUUAAUUAUUAAUAAUUGACUUCAUUUUAAGCUAUUUUAAAUUUUUUUCUUAUCAAAAAGUGUAUUUUAAAAAAU